AUGACUAAAUUCAAACUAAAUCAUUGGGUCACCAUGAGAAUCAGUGUUGCCAUAGUAACUCUGCUGCCUAUUUGCACAACAAUACCAAACAACAGUCAGUGGCAAAGACAAAUUCUAGCUUCAACAGAAAUUCCUGCUGAACAUAUUGACCCUGGUUCCAUUGACUUGACUCCGUUAAUAAACACACUCCUUAAUGCUUCACAUGCAGGUUCUGAGCAUUUGUUCUCUGUUCUGAGUGUGACAUCACACAGCUCUCUUGCACUGCACAAAAUCACCCUGCUGGUCUACAACAUCUCUAGUUUUCAGGACUUUGAGACCAGUAUGCUUCCUCUGAAAUACUGCUACUGUGUGACAAACAAAACCAAUGACCUCACAGAUUUUACAGCCAUACUGCUGGAUGUGAUGGGGAACUCAACUAGCUACCUGCAGGAGCUGUUUAAAUCUAGCUCUAUUCUCUCAGUUAGCCAGAUGAGGAGCUCAGACUGUAUCUACAUCUGUGUAAUGGCUGGAAAAACAGACAUAAACCAGACCGAGCUGUGGGAUUCUGUUCCUCCACUGUAUAACCAGACUAUUAUAGAGCAAACACACACAGCUACCACUACUGCCGCUACACCUCAUGCUACUUUAACUGUGCCAACCACAGUUCACAUGACUGCAGUAGCAGCUGAGUUGAAUACUACUAGUACUACACUUACAACAGUUCCCACAAUAACAGUGCCUGUUAGUGUUCUCAUCCCAACAUCAGACACCGUUCCAACAGCAACUCAAACACCGCCAGGACCUUCAGCCAUUCCUGGACCUUCCAUGACAACCACAUCUACUAUGGGUCCAAUGCCGCCAGACACAUCAACAGAAAUAUCAGCAUCAAUUCCUGUGAAAACUGCUACAACAAAAAACAGUCCAGCUACCAGCAGAACCCCUCUUGACAGACCAGGCAAGCAUAUUUGAGGUUGCCCUUGGCGAUCUGAGCUUAUCUACAGAGGAAGUCAGAGAGCAGACCAGAAAGAAUAUCUGGAUGUAGACCCGAGUGAGAACCUAAGUCCAACCAUCAGCACAAUAAAGCUGCAGCCAUGUGUACUUGAGCUGUGCAAGUUUUUCUCCCAGUGCCUCUGCAGAGGAUUCAGCCAGAAAAUUAGUCUGCAGAGAUACUGCACAGACAGUCAUUUUUGGUAUGAAAAACACACAGUGGAGGUCUGCAAUCGUGUCAAAAGAAUCGCCUUCUCCAAGAGUCUGAAGCAGAGGUGCCUGGAGAAGAUGUGUGUUUAA